UAGAACGACCACUCAGUGUAUUCUCAUAGGUUGUGCUGUUCGAAGCUAAAAUAAAAUGCUCUGGAACAAUAUUUUGAUUUAAAAAAAAUCCCAUAACUUUAAGUUAGCAGUAAGUAAGCGCGCGCGGCAUUGUAGUUACAUAUUUUCGAUAGAAAAACACAACAACCAAGGCCAACAUUUAGACAUCAAUCUCAAAGACCCCAAGAAUGGCUGCGGUCUUGUUUAUUGUUACCAUACCCACCGAGGAAGCGGAAGAGGAAAAUCUAAAGCAGGAAUAUUCCAGUCGCAAAUAUGACCUCAAAUCGGAGCAAAGCGAUAGUGCCACCCUGGCUGGAUUAUCGCUCAAAGGUGAAAAUAGCAAUAUCAGCAGAACUACUUCAACAACUGCUGUGCCUUCAGCGUCCACCACCAAAUCGGUGAAAAUCAAUGAGACACCUGUCACAUUGAUACCAAGGGAGAAGGAGAAGGAGAAAGAGAAGCCAGCCGAUACCAUAAGUGCCUCCAGUGCCUUGGAACAGAAAACUAGUUCUAAAGCUCCCGAGGAUACUGGUAGCGCCAAUGGUGGUGCUAUACCCAAUCAAUUUGGUACAUUUCCCAAACGUCGAAGAAAAUCCGAACAUGCCAUCAAGAAUGUGGACGAGGUUUUAAAAUCAAGCGGCGGCAUAGGAGGCAGUUUGAAAAGUAUUAACAUUAACACUCCAAACUUCAACAAGGAGCGCCGUCCAUCAUGCGAUAAUAGCACAGCCAGCAAGCAAAAGUCCCACAAAAAGAAAGAGCCCACUCCGGAUAUGGAAUUAACCGUUGACACUUGCAUGGAGACGGUGCUGAGGGUAAUACUUAAAAGGUGUCAAGUACAAAAUGCCGUGUGGACAAAAGAUGAAGAAGGUCAAAUGUAUCAGGUACUUUUUACUGUAGAAUUUGAUGAAGCCUAUGAGAAACUAUUGGAUGAUUUUAAUGCAUGGGGCAUAGGAGAUCGCGAAGGUUCUACAGUUUCGGUUAUGAACUGUAUAGCAUCGAAAGCAUUUUCCACUAAAGACGAAGAUGAUGAAUAUAAUGACUACAAUGCAGACAAUAAUUUCGACAAAAAACAAGGCGCUUGGGAGCGUUUUAUGAAUUCCGUCCGUAGCCGUUUGAAUGUGACACAAAUUGUACGAAACGUUAGACAGGAUGCAUCUAUCACCUUUGAUUUUGUAGUAUUAUUGAUCUCAGCAGCGAUCUUAGCUGCUUUUGGUUUAAUUGAAAAUAGCACAAUAUUUUUAGCUUCUAGCAUGUUAAUAUCGCCCCUCAUGGGCCCCAUUAUUGCCACCAUCUUCGGCAGUGUCAUUAAGGAUAAGUCCUUGUUCAGAUUGGGCUUGACAAAUGAAUUGUUUGGCAUUUGCUCGGCGGUCCUUGUGGGUUUUGUAUUUGGCAUAGUUGUGGCAACCACCGAUGAACGGUACAGCGUUGGCGAAGGUCUAACCAAUGAAAUACUUUCGCGUUGCGAAUUACAUUCACUGAUUGUGGGCGUUUUCACGGCCAUACCAUCAGGAGCAGCAGCUGCCAUAGGCAUUUUGGGUGGUAAUAUUGGAUCGUUGGUUGGUGUGGCUAUAUCAGCUUCGCUCUUGCCUCCAGCUGUGAACUCGGGUCUAUUGUGGGCUAUUGCUUUGAUUUACAAAUGCUAUGAGAAUGACGAGUCCAAAUAUCCCCAAGUCAUUAAGACCACAAAAUAUUCGGACAAUCAAGCCAAUGAGCUUGCCAUCAUGGGUUCCCUUAGUAUGUGUUUGACCAUUUCCAAUAUUAUUUGUAUCUACAUCAUGGGUAUAUUAGUAUUGAAGUUGAAAGAAAUUGCACCCGUAUCGGGUGACAAUCGAGAAUUUUGGAAACAUGAUAUUAAGAUGGCGCGUCAACUCAAACGCGAUCGUUUUGGCAGUGAAAAUGUUAUUAUGGAUGAAUAUGCCCACUUGCCGAAAGAGGAUCAAAAGGCUUUGGGCAUUAAUUAUGAUCUGUUGCGCAACAUUCAAAUGGAUGAUGCCGCAUAUCAGAACACCUGGUCACCACAGGUGGCAGCACGUCAUACUUUUGAAUCAUCCUAUGAACCGAUGCGUGGUAAUUAUUCUACAAUCCAUCAAAUCGAUCAACUAUAUGCCACCAUAACCCAGGCAACCAUGAAGGAGAAGAGACCCCGUUUUAGUAUGAGCCGCAGGCCUACAUCACGCAUUGUGGACUUUCCCACCUCGUAUAAGCUCUUAACGGAAAAUAUACCACGCUCCCGCUGCUCUACCAUGCCGCCCAAGGUUAACCGACCUUCCAUUAAUAUAGUCACACCAGAUUCUUCAAAAUAUAACUCUUGCGCCAAUACACCCACAAUGAGUGAUGAACGCAAGCGAAGGAAAUUCAUAGUUACACCAGCCGAAGAUGAUCCUUUACAGCCUCUAAACCCAUCGAAUGCUUAAAUCUAUAUUUGUGUAUAUAGUAAAUAGUGAUGAGGAUCCUGCCUACAGCUUAGUAUUUUACAAAUUGAUAAGAUAAAGUAAUGGUUCUUGUAUACAUUUCAUUGUUAUACUAUUUGAAAAACGAAAGAAAAAACAGAUAACAAGCCUAAAAUGUAUAUGUUUAAAUGUUGUUUCUUUGUUAACUUCCUCCCCCUAUAUGUUCUUUUUGUAUAAAAUUUUUUUUUGGUAUUUUUUUCUGUCAACUUCCUCCCCCUAUAUGUUCUUUUUGUGUACAUUUUUUUUUGGUAUUUUUUUCUGUUAACUUCCUCCCCCUAUAUGUUCUUUUUGUAUAAUUUUUUUUUGGUAUUUUGUUUUUUUUCCCUUUAGUACCUAAUAAAGCUAAGGUUUAAUUUGUAUCAUCUAAAGAAGCACAUCUUCUGUAACACAUGCAAUAAGAAACUACACAAAUAAAUAUGUACUUGAUUUUCCUCAGGUGUUAACGAA